AACCAAUUGUUCAACAUGGCGAGUGAUCUUCAUCCACCGACAUCCUUCUCCUUUGAUGGCGAUCUGCCUUCAAAGUGGGCUCUUUGGAAAAAGCAAUUCGAGUGGUAUCUUAAGGCCACGAAGAAAAACAAGGAAGACGAAGACGUUCAGGUCGGCGUGCUGAUCACGUUGCUUGGCCAUGAGGGCUUACGCAUUUACGAGACCUUCACUUGGACAACGCCUGGUGAUGAGUCUAAGAUUGUGCCAGUGUUAGCUAAGUUUGAUGCUCAUUUCCAGCCGAGAAAGAGCCAAACAUUUGAACGAUACAAGUUUUUAACUCGCCACCAGCGUGAUGGUGAGUCGUGCGAAACCUUCUUGUUGGAACUUCAGUCUCUGAUAGCUACCUGUGAAUACGACGCCCAGCGUGACUCCAUUCUGCGUGACCAGAUCGUUAUUGGCGUAGAGCCGACAACAAAACGCGUGAAAAGUUGUUGUUUGAUCCCCAGCUUACUUUGGCCAAAGCAAUUGACAUAUUACGUGCCUGUGAAACGUCUUCGUUGAUCGCUGAACAGAUGUCAGCUGAAGCAAUCAAUAGGCUAACCUUGGACAAAUUCAAAUCGGGAAAACCAGUUCUUGGCAAGUCUGGUCAGGGUGGUAGUCGUCGUAGU